GGAAAUGUCGCGUGACUUGCUGUGGUCUCGAGCGCUUUGGGCACAUAUUCUGGGCGGAAGAGCGGAUGCUGCUAACUGUUGUAGCUCGACAAAAGGGAGGACGCUGAAUUCCGUUGGGAAGCUGUAGAUCAUCGCCAGGUUGUUUCCUGUGGAUCUCUCGCUGUUGUCUUUGUAGGUUACGGUGUCACCUCUGGGAUGAAUCCACUUGGCUCCCGCACCCCUGUGGAUUUAAACGAGCCUGGGAUGUGAACGGAGGAGAAAACAAGCAUCGGCUUGCACUGGCUUUCCUGCGGGAUUCUGCCAAGGGUUUUUUUUGUUGUUUUUUUGUUUUUUUUCCCCCUCCUUCCCGUGGACAUGCCUGGUCUAUGGAACAAAGCUAUUAGGGGCUAGCCGGUCGACAGUCCGGCUAGCGCGACAUUUCAAGGGGUUUUAGAUGAUCUUUCAGCAAAGGAGCUGAUUUUAUUUUGGACCGGCGCCGCUUUCCCUUCCUGGAGUAAGGAGUCAGCAUGGGGGAGCCCAGCCUGGACGACUCCAAUGUCAAGGUGGCUGUGCGUGUACGGCCCAUGAACAGGAGAGAGAAGGAAUUGAACACAAAAUGCGUUGUGGAAAUGGCGAAGAACCAGACGAUCCUUCACCCUGCCGGAGGUAACCUUGGGAAAGGAGACUCCAGGAGUCAGUCCAAGGUCUUUGCUUAUGAUUAUUGCUUCUGGUCCAUGGAUGAGACGGAUAAGGAAAAUUUUGCUGGUCAGGAGGUGGUGUUCCAGUGCCUUGGGGAAAGUCUUCUCCACAAUGCCUUUCAGGGCUACAAUGCCUGUAUCUUUGCCUAUGGACAAACUGGCUCGGGAAAGUCGUACACCAUGAUGGGCUCAGGGGACCAGCCUGGCCUGAUUCCUCGCCUGUGCAGUGCUUUGUUCGAGCGAACCCAAAAGGAACAGCGGGAGGACGAGAGCUUCACUGUUGAGGUGUCCUACAUGGAGAUCUACAACGAGAAGGUCCGAGACCUGCUGGACCCCAAAGGGGGUAGGCAGACACUGAGGGUGAGGGAGCAUAAAGUUUUGGGACCCUAUGUUGACGGCCUAUCCCGGCUGGCAGUGGCCAGCUACAAGACGAGCGGUGAGAAAGUGAGCCGUCUGAGUCUGGUGGACCUGGCCGGAAGUGAGCGAGCAGCCAAAACUGGAGCAGCAGGAGAACGUCUGAAGGAGGGGAGCAACAUCAACAAGUCCCUAACUACACUCGGUCUGGUGAUCUCUGCACUGGCUGAACAGGGAACCGCCAAGAACAAAACCAAGUUUGUUCCCUACAGAGACUCGGUCCUAACAUGGCUGCUGAAGGACUGCCUGGGGGGAAACAGCCGCACGGCCAUGGUCGCGACGGUCAGCCCAGCGGCAGACAACUACGAGGAGACCCUGUCCACGCUGCGCUACGCUGACCGGGCAAAGAGCAUCGUCAACCAUGCCGUCGUUAACGAAGACCCCAACGCUCGCAUCAUCAGGGAGCUCAGGGAGGAGGUGGAGAAGCUCCGAGUGCAGCUGACCCAAGCAGAGUCUUUAAAAGCUCCAGAAUUGAAAGAUCGUCUGGAAGAGUCUGAAAAGUUAAUCCAAGAAAUGACCAUCACCUGGGAAGAGAAGUUACGCAAAACGGAGGAGAUUGCACAGGAGCGUCAGAAGCAGCUGGAGAGUCUGGGUAUUUCUCUGCAGUCUUCAGGGAUCAAAGUUGGAGAUGAUAAGAGUUUUCUUGUCAACCUUAAUGCUGAUCCUGCCCUUAAUGAGCUGCUUGUGUACUACCUGAAGGACCACACCAAAGUGGGCUCCGUGGACUCCCAGGACAUCCAGCUGUGUGGAAUGGGUAUCCAGGCAGAGCACUGCGUCAUUGACAUCACAGCAGAGUCAGCAGUCAUCCUCACCCCCUACCCCAAUGCACGGACAUGUGUUAACGGGUCUCCAGUAACCAGCGGUUUACAGCUUCACCACGGCGACAGAAUCCUGUGGGGAAACAACCACUUCUUUAGGAUCAAUUUGCCAAAGCGGCGAUCGCGUGCAGCGGAGGAUGAGGAGGGGGAAGGUGGUGUGAUGAAGAGCAGUAGCAGCAGUGAGCAACUGGAUGCAGACGGCGACACCGCCAGCGAAGUGUCCAGUGAGGUCAGCUUCUCCUACGAGUUCGCGCAGACCGAGGUCAUGAUGAAGGCCCUGGGCAACAACGACCCAAUGCAGGCCGUCCUCCAGUCCCUGGAGAGGCAACACGAGGAGGAGAAGCGCUCGGCUCUGGAGCGGCAGAGGCAGAUGUACGAGCAAGAGCUCCAGCAGCUGCGGAAGAAGCUCAACCCAGACCGCGUGUCCAUGGGUCAGUCAGGAGGACAAAUGUCAGGCCAGCAAGGAUCGGCUCAACAGUCGCACUACCGCAGCCUUGAGAGACUCAGCAUGGGAGGCAUGAGCCACUCGGCUAGCGCUCAGAGCAGGCUGAGGCAGUGGAGUGAGGACAGGGAGGCGGUGUUUGUGAGGAGUCUUCGGAGGCUGAGGGAGCAGAUCGUGAGGGCAAACCUCCUGGUGCAAGAAGCCUGCUUCAUCUCCGACGAGCUGGAACGCCACACCGAGUACAAAGUGACCCUUCAGAUCCCGGCCGACAACCUCAACGCCAACCGCAAGAGGGAUGCGGUGCUCAGCGAACCGGCGAUCCAGGUCCGACGACGGUGUAGAGGGAAGCAGAUCUGGAGUUUGGAGAAGAUGGAGAACCGUCUGGUGGACAUGAGGGAGCUCUACCAGGAAUGGCAAGAAUAUCACCUGCAUCAUCAGGACAACCCUGUGAGAACGCCACCAUGUGCCCACCUCGGCUCACUGGAGUCUUGUUCCUUCUCUAAAACUCCGCUCGCUCUCCAGGUGAUGCGCUCAUAUUUCCGUCGAGCGGAUCCCUUCUUUGACGAGCAAGAAAACCACAGCCUGAUCGGCGUCGCCAACGUCUUCCUCUCCUGUUUGUUCUACGACGUCAAGCUGCAGUACGCGAUUCCAAUCAUCAACCAAAAGGGAGAGGUGGCGGGACGGUUGCACGUGGAGGUGGUGAGGGUCGCCGGGGGCCUGGAAGACAACAUGGCCGGAGGAGAUGAAGCUGACAACAACCAGGACUCUGAAGUUGAGGAUCGAAAACUAGUCUGCAUGAUUAAGAUUUUGCAAGCCACUGGACUACCUCAGUACCUUUCCAACUUCGUCUUCUGCCAGUAUUCUUUCUGGGACCAGGCUGAGCCCUUCAUCGUGGCUCCUGAGGUCGAUACCUCGUCCUCGUUGUCCAGCUCCAAGGACCCUCAUUGCAUGGUGGUGUUUGACAGCUGCAAGGAACUCGCAGUGUCCAUAACGGAGGAUUUCAUUGAGUACCUCACAGAGGGGGCCGUCGCCAUCGAGGUGUACGGACACAGGCAAGCUGACGCAGGGAGAAACCCGGCCCUGUGGGACCUCAGCAUCAUCCAAGCCAAGACGCGCACACUGCGAGACAGGUGGAGUGAGGUCACGCGGCGCUUGGAGCUAUGGAUCCAAAUCCUGGAGAUAAAUGAGAACGGAGACUUUGUCCCUGUGGAGGUGGUUCCAGCCAGAGAUGUGCGGACCGGGGGGAUCUUCCAGCUUCGGCAGGGUCAGUCGAGACGGAUCCAGGUCGACGUGCGCUCUGUUCAGGACUCGGGCACAAUGCCCCUCAUAGCGGAAAUCCUGCUUGCGGUGUCGGUGGGCAGCGUGGAGAUCACGACCGCCACAGCCAACCAGGAAGGAGACGAGAUGGACAGUUAUCAGGAGAGAGAUCUGGAACGUUUACGGCGGCAGUGGUUGGCCGCUCUCACCAAGAGACAGGAAUACCUGGACCAGCACCUGCAGAGCCUGGUUAGCAAAGCAGAAAAAACAGAGGAUGACAUGGAGAGGGAGGCCCAGCUGCUGGAGUGGCGCUUGACUCUGACAGAGGAGAGAAAUGCAGUCAUGGUGCCCUCUGCUGGCAGCGGCAUCCCCGGAGCUCCGGCCGAAUGGGUUCCUCUGCCUGGCAUGGAGACACACAUCCCUGUCCUCUUCCUGGACCUCAAACCUGACGACCUUAGCUCUCAAGAUCAGUUUGAGGUGCCCGAGGCCGGAGGUUGGGACGCCAUCUUGAGCGGAGAAGAUGAAGAUGACUUCUUUGACUUACAGAUUGUCAAACACUACGAUGGAGAGGUGAAAGCGGAGGCGUCCUGGGACUCCACUGUCCACGAGUGUCCCCAGCUCAGCCGUGGAGGGGCCUGGCCAGAGCAGCGCGUCUACCUGACGAUCCGGGUGGUGGUUCAGCUCAGCCACCCAGCCGACAUGCAGCUGGUGCUGAGAAAGAGGAUCUGCGUCAACGUCAACCCGGGCCGCCAAGGCUUCGCCCACAACUUCCUCAGGAGGAUGUCCACCCGAAGCACCAUACCCGGCUGCGGCGUCACCUUCGAGGUGGUGUCCAACAUUCCCGAAGACGCUCCAGGCUCUGAGGACAGAGAGAUGCUGGCCCGGGUCGCUGCAAGUGCACAAAACAGCCAGUCGGCCGACAGCGAAGCAGCUAUUGAGAAAUAUCUGCGUAGUGUAAUGAGUCUGGAGAACAUCCUGACUUUGGACAGACUCAGACAGGAGGUGGCAGUGAAGGAGCAGCUAGCAGGAAGAGGGAGGAGUAACAGACGGAGUUUAAGCUCUCCUUCUGUACACAGGCUGUCAGGAAGCAGACAGGACCUGUCCACGACCUGCCUGCUGGACGAUAAGGGACGUUGGGAGAGUCAGCAGGACAUCUUCACACCCUCUCAGUUCCAGCGCACCCUCCCGCGUCCAGCCUCCUCCCCGUCCACCUACUCCACCUCCCCGACUUCUUCCCCUACUCCUUUUGCCUCUGGCCCCCCACAGCCGAGCCAGGACCCAGAACAAGGUCGUUCAGGGCUUGCUGCCUCUUAUCUUUCAGUUAAAGCCCUGGUUCCUCAGAUGCCCAAACUGCUCAAGUCUCUGUUUCCGGCGCGUGACGAGAAGAAGGAGCUCAGACCUUCGCCGCACAACCAGCAGCAGCACGUACCACGCAUCGUGACAUCAUCAGGCGGGGACGACGGCAGGGCCAAGCCCGAGACGGCGGCUGUCCUACGGCCGCCGGCCAAAGACAGACGGACAGAUUUUCCGGAGGUCCCUCCUCUUCCUGUGCAUGACCCGCAUGACAUCACCCCCCUCAGCCCCCUCAGCCAGUCAUCAAGCGGUUAUUUCUCCACUAGCGUUUCUACGGUAACCCUGUCUGACGUCCUCCAACCCUCCUCCUCGUCCUCCUCUCUGCUGGGUGCUGAGACCACGCUCCAUGCGAACCCUCAGCCACAGGGCGCUGAUAGGAACGAUGUUGUGACCUCUCCUCCUCAGUGUGGCGCCAAGACGGCGGCCAUGGCCCCACCUUCUUCCCACAGCUCAGCCAAUCACAACAAUGCCCCGGCAGAGCUCUCCGCCUCCGACCAGAGGCUGGUCAACUCAGGUGGGGGCGAAGGGCUCGACAGGCUGGAGAUCCUUGCCGACGAAGAGGAGCGCAGUCACGACGACGUGCUGCCCGACUGGCUGACCGAAGGGUCGCACGUCACAAUAGGAAGCAAUAAGGCGGGAAUGGUGCGCUACGUGGGAGCCACACACUUUGCUGGAGGGGUUUGGGUGGGAGUGGAGCUGGAUACUCCUGUAGGUAAGAACGACGGCUCGGUGGGAGGGCAUCGGUAUUUCCAGUGUAAACCCGCUCACGGCGUGCUCGUCCGCCCCAGUCGGCUGUCCAGCAGCAAUCGGACCGCCCAGCCGGCCGGGGAGCUCCCCCCCCCCCCCCCCCCCCCCCCCUUCCGAGGAGAGUCCAGCGCAGCGCGUCGGCCGGAGCACCGCAAGUCCUGGAGCAGCUGAGACGGGGAAACCAGGAUCAGGGCGGGAGAGAUGAGCUCCCCGCUGUCCUCCUUCGUGUCUCUCCUCCCAGCUAUGCAACAGGUCCCACGCAUCAAAACCGACCUACCGCCCGACAGCUGCCGACAGCUGGGAAACACAUAGAAAAGUCGACAGAAGCAGAGGACAGAGACUUUUCAGAGAGGUUUUUCGAUCAUGCAGAGUUUCAAAAAUUCCGAGGAUGGAGCGUUUCGCUAUGCGCCGGGAUGCUAGGCAACGGCAGCCAGCGGGAAUGCCGAACAGGAGACAACAGAAGAAGAUUUGGGAACACAUUUGACCCGGCAGAGAUGACGCCCGAAAGGAUGUGACGAGCUGCAAACCCGACCCCAUUUUGAGGUCCCUGCUGAUUAUUUCCGUUAGCCGUCUGGCUAAAUUU